AUGUGGUCGUCGACAAUUCUCCUCUCACUAUCCAGCGUUUUUGGUAUUAUCGGCUUGGCACUUGUAUUAGCUGCUGCCCUUACUGAUAACUGGACUGAAUAUCAGGUGAAUCGUCGAGAAGUAAUCAACGCCUUCAAUCGAGAACCGGAAUUAAACGUUCGUCUGAAAGACGCAUUCGUUCGUAACGUUAACUAUUUCUCGCGAAACUACGGACUAUUCCAGAUCUGUUUUCCGGAUUCCGUACCAUCCGAUAUUGGCAGCUUCUCCAAAUAUGGCUCUCCAUGUAUCGACAACACCGAUUAUUUUCCUGUUGAAGCUGUACAGGAGAAUUAUUCCUCACAACAAACUCAACGCCUCUAUUUCAUGAGAGCAAACGUUGCCACUUAUGUUCUGGGUCUUGGUGUCGUCGUUGUCUGUCUUGCCAUAGCUGGUAUUGGAUGCGCUCGACAAUCUCGUAAGGCAUUCAUGUUCGCCGGUGUCGGUCUUCUUCUCACAGUUCUGUUGUUUGCUGUUUCAAUGGCGUGUUGGCACUAUGUGAACUAUCUAGAGCGAGCUGUACUGGAAAUGUCACCAUUCUACAAGUCGUGGGAACCGAUCCUCAAGUCCACGACUCGUUUCAAUUUUGGUUGGUCGCUGGUUGUGGCCUGGGUUGGCAUACUCUUCAUUCUGUUUGCGUCCGUGUUUUUCAUCUGUUCGGCCAGUCGAUUAAAGAAAGAAGAAGAGAAAGCGCUGUCAGCUAAGCACGGUGCGUACAUGAUGAACAACUACUAUGAUAAGGGAGCAAUGGUGCCGUACGGAUACAACACUUAUGCUGGCUACGGUAACUAUCCAUAUGGCUACGGUGGGCAGUAUAACAAUGGCUACUACGGUUACAUGACGUACGGACGUUAA